AUGGCGGCUCCAGGGACCGGAGAGCUGGGUGGCGGGGAGACCCCAACCAUGGUUCACGAGAGAGCGGACCCCGAAAGGGAGACAGCAGGGCAGCAGGGAAGCCGAGGGAGCCCGGAGGGGCGGAUCGCGCGGAGGGGCGGAGGCUCCGGCUGGCUCUACUUGAGCUGCCGGCCGGCGCGAUCGGGUUCUCAGAUCGGAUCUAACCGGAUUCCCCACCACGGAUCUUGCAGGUCGAAGCAGCUCGGCGGCCCCGCUUUGUUCCCAGGUGACAGCAUGAGCUCCCCAAGCACGACCCCAGAGGUGGACAUGAAAGAUGUGGAGCUGAAUGAGAUGGAUCCUGAAAAGCAGCCCAUGAACGCCUCUUCGCCCCUGGCCGGCUCGCCGGGCAGCCUGGGCGAGAAGAACGGAGUGGUGAAGGUGAAGAUGGAGGAGGAGGAAGAAGAGGCUGAGAUGGCGGCCAAAUUCACCGGCUUGUCUAAGGAGCAGCUGCUCCAGGUGGCCGGCACCCCCGCCUGGGUCCGGACUCGCUGGGCCCUCCUCAUCCUCUUCUGGUUGGGCUGGCUGGGCAUGCUGGCCGGAGCCAUCGUCAUCAUCGUCCAGGCGCCCCGUUGCAAGGAGCUCCCCAAGCAGGACUGGUGGCAGAAAGGUGGGAUCUACCGGAUUCUGCAGGUGGAAGGCUUCCAGGAUUCGGGCAGCGAUGGCACAGGCGACCUGGCGGGGGUGAAAGAGAGGAUGAAUUAUUUAAGUACUCUGAAGGUCAAAGGUUUUGUCAUCGGGCCUGUUCACGUGAAUCCCGAGGAUCAGCCGUACAGCACCAACCUCCAAGACGUUGACCAAAAACUGGGCACGUUGCAAGAUUUCCGCGAUGUUUUACAAGCUGCCAAGAAAAAAAAUUUGAAAGUUAUCUUGGAUCUGACCCCUAAUUAUCAUGGCCAGUUACCCUGGUUUAGCCAAGAUGUAUGGCUUAAGGGUGAUUUCCAGAACAAAAUGAAAGAAGCAAUCCAGUUUUGGCUGAGAGAAGGCGUGUCUGGAAUCCAGAUCGGAAGCGUCGAGCAUUUAAAUGAUUCCCAACUCUUGAGCGAGUGGAAGAAUAUCACGGAACAGGAGAGUGUUGACGAUCAGGCCAGGGUACUGAUAGCCAUGACCAGCCGCAAUGACGCUCGAGGGAUUUUCUCGCUUCUGAAUGAAACCGCGGCGGUCGACAUGCUAACCAGCCAGUACCUUCAGGAGCUGGUGAAGCCUGAACAAGAUGAUACUACCACACUGGGGCACACGGCCCAGAAACUGAUCAAAGAUUAUAUCCAAGAAGCAGGAAGCCGAUGGCCCAGCUGGAGUAUGGGUAGACCGGAUCUUGGACAUUUGACCAAAUCUAUGGGAGAACAGCUCCUUCGCCUCCACCAUCUCCUCUUCUACACUCUUCCCGGGACGCCUUUUACAGAUUACGGAGACGAAAUUGGCCUACGGGACAUGCCGGGACAGCCUGCCGCAUCCAACAUCACACGCAUGCAGUGGGACAACUCGGCGACAUACGGGUUCUCCAGAGGAGCGCAACAGCUGGCUGAACCCGAAGCCAGCAACAUCACCGUGCAGACGCAGCAGAACCAGAAGGGGUCUAUCCUGACCUUCUUCCAAGAGCUGAGCGAGCUUCGAAGCAAGGAACGCUCCCUUCUGCACGGCAACUUCGCCCUGGUGCAAAGCUCGAAUCCCUCCGUCUUCUCCUACCUUCGGGUCUGGGACCAGAACAAGCGGUUCUUGGUGGCGCUCAAUUUCGGCCCGCAGGAGAGAACCGUCUCCCUCCUUCACCCUCACCUCCCACCCCAAGUCGAUGUGGAACUCAGCACCCAUCCCAGCCGGGAGGAGACGCAGCUGGAUUUGAAGAACCUCAAACUCCUCCCUUCGGAAGGCCUUCUCCUCAGCUUCCCCUACGUGGCCCUCUAGUCGGUCUUCUCCUGAUGCUGUCUGGUCCAUUUUCAGGAGGUGCCUCCGGUUCCUCAAAAGAAGACACUCCAGCCCAGAAUUUCUCUCCUGAACUUACUAACAUCCUUCUUCUCUAUCUACCUGUCUUUCUAACCCCAUAGCUCAGCCUUUCUAGACUCCGGUUCCCACAACCAGCUGGCCAGGAGAAAGUCCUUAACCAACUUAGAGGCUGAAGUUGGCUAAAGUCACCUCUGUUCCAUGAACAUUCCUGGACCUGCCAAUAUUUUUUCCCACCCUAAAAAUUUGAUAUUAGCAGGUCAUCUCUGAGAAAGAGGGAGACGUGAGACUCCAUUCUCCAGAGCUGGAGGGGAUGCUGGCGGUUCAAUGAAACGAUGGGCUAUAUAGCAGUGUUUCUCCAUCUUGGCCAACUCUUAAGACGGGUGGACUUCAACUCCCAGAAUUCCCCAGCCAGAAGUUGCCAUGGUUGAAAUACUCUAAUCUCAGAGUGAAACCUUCGUGUCGGUCUGGUGCUAACACACACACACACACACUUUGGGCAAAGAGGACAAAUCUUUCCCGGAUUGCUUUGCCCAUCCCAUUUUGAGCGGUGGUUCUGCAGUUUUCAGUUCUACAAUCUUUCCCUGAUCUCCCUAGUAUGAAUUUUGUCCCAUCAAGUGUUCUGGCCCCCUUGAAGAUAUUCUAUCAGCCUACCUAAGCCUAACCAAGUGUGCAAACUUUCCUGUGUUUUGCUGUGGAACAAGUUUUAAUAAAUGCCUCUCUUCGCUUUCA